AUGAUUGAAAAAAUUAACAUAAAAGCAUCUCUUUUUCACUUUUUUAAUAAUAUUUCACCAAAAGCAUUUACUUUUUUUAUAAUAACUUUUGGAAUAUAUUGUGUAUAUCUAUCAAUACAAACUAUAAAUAUUAUUUAUUAUCAAAAAAAUAAUAAUUACUUAAGUGUAGAAAAAAACAUUCUUAGUAUGUGGAAACCAAAAGAUUUUAAUUUAAAUUGUACAAAAUUAUUAAAUGGAGAUGAACAAUAUAUUAAAAAUUUAAUUAAUAAAAGAUAUACUAAUAAAAAUUUAUCAAAUAUGUUAGAUCUUUCAUGUGAUGGAAUACGAAGUAGAGGCUUCUAUCCAUCAGAACCAUUAUCAGAUAUUGAAGCAAAUUAUCCAAUUGCCUAUGCUAGAAAUGUUUAUAAUGACUAUUAUAUGAUAGAAUUACAAUUUUUAUUAUCAUAUGCUCCACAAAAUCAUUAUUGUUUUGCAGUUGAUGAUAAGGCAAAAUUAUUUAGAAAACAAUUAGAAAAUUUAGAAAAAUGUUUUGAUAAUGUAUAUAUUACUAAUGUAAGCUAUAUUAUGACAAGUUUUGGUCAAAAUCAAACUUAUAGUAGUUAUGAAUGUAUGAAAUAUUUGAUAAAAAAAAAAUGGAAAUAUUUAUUUAUUUUACAGAAUGAUGAUUUUCCUUUAAAAACUAAUUAUGAACUUAUUCAAAUAUUAUCAGCAAGAAAUAGUACAAUGGAUAUUAGUUAUGUAAAUCCAAAACAUUUAAUCAGAAGACGUAUAGAUUUAUCAAAAAAAUGGGAUCACAAAUCAUUAAAUUUCAAGAAAGAUGUUAAUGUUACUUUUGAUGAUCGAUUGUUAAAUGAAAAUAUGACAUUUCAAAAGGGUUAUUCUGCACAUGGUUUACCUAGAGAAUCAGUAGAAUAUUUAGUAAAUUCAAUUAAUCUAACAACAUAUUUUAAAAAUAUAAAUACUGGAAGAUUCGGAGAAGAUGAAAUGGUAUGGCAAACAUUAUUUAAUGAUGAAUAUGUUAAAGUUCCACAAUGGGUUCAUAAAAAUUGUGUUAGCCAGUACUACAAUGAAAAAACAUAUAUGGUAAGAGAAGCAUUUUGGUAUAGAAGAAAUUGUAAAAGUAAUAUGCUCAUUCAUAGUGUUUGUAUAGUUGGAAUGGAAAUGUUAAAUGAUUUAAUAUAUAAUCCACAUUAUUUUAUUAAUAAAUUCAAGUCUAAUAAUGAUAUAGGUGCUGCUAUAUGUUUAGGUGAAUAUAUAUACAAUAAAACUUAUUUUAACAAAAUAAAUAAUAUUAACCUGACUUUUUAUAUAAAUUUACCACAAACUAAAUAUCAAAAUGCUGAUAAAAAAACAAAGGACGAAAUUAUUAAAAAUUGCAAAAAUAAUUCAUUAUGGUCUUUUUAUUAUUGGUAUUUUUUUUUAUGCAAAGUGAUGGAUGAAUUUUUUGCUGAUAUAUUAGGUGACGCAAAAGUUACAUCCAAAAAUCUUAAUAUAACAAAUCGUAGAAUUGUUAGCGAUGAUUUUAAAAACCGUGAAAAAUUCUACACAAGCUUUACCAAUAAAGGAAAAAAUUUAUACAAAAAUAAUAUUGGGAUUCAAAAUAAGGUAAAUCAGAUAACAGGGAAAAAUAAAAUUAAUUGUUUUACACUAAAUUCAACACUCAAAAAUGAUAAAUCAACUCAAGGGCAAAAUUUAUCUUUUAGUCAAAUUUUCAAUAUUGCCAAGUUAAAUGAAAAAGUUUCAGAUAGUAGAAGUCAAAAAAAUGUAUUAAAGAAUAAAAGUCAUAUUGAACAACCUACGAAUAAUGUUAUUCCACCAAUUCAGAAACCUAAAAUUCCAAAACUUAUAAUUCGAAAAACAGAUUACACUAUUAGAAAUAAAGAUUAUGAUAUUCCUAGAGAAGCUGAAUAUUCAAAAAAAUUAAAAUUAAGUAAAACAAUAGACAAAAAAAUUUCCUCUGAAAAAGGUAUUUUGCAAAAAAUUAAAGAUAAAUUUCCACCUUCUGAUAAAAAAAGAAAGGUAGAAAUAAAAAGACAUUCUUCAAGUAAUAUAACUAAAAUUGCAAAAAUUCCCCAAAAAUUUUCAUGUUAUACUAGAGAAAAAGAAAGAAGUCAUUUUAAAAAUAGUCGUUGUUUACAAAAUUACAACAGAGAGUCAUCUGAAGAUUCAAAUGAUAGUAUGGAUAAUUUUAUUGAUGAUAGUAAUGAUGAUCUUCCUCCUAGAACAGAAGUUGAAGAAGCCCUAAAAUCAAUAUCACGUUAUGAUAAAAAACGCUGGUUAGAAAAUGAACGUUCUAUCAAAGAAGAUAAGAUGGUAUCAUCUUUUUCUGAUAUUAAAAGAGAAGAGAGACGUUCAUUGAAACUAGCUUUAAAAGAGGAUUUACGUGAAUUAAAAAAAGGGUCUCAUGCUCUAUAA